AUGUCCUACGACCGCUAUGUGGCCAUCUGCAAGCCCCUGCACUACGGGACCCUCCUGGGCAGCAGAGCUUGUGUCCACCUGGCAGCAGCUGCCUGGGGCACUGGGUUUCUCACUGCUCUGCUGCACACAGCCAAUACAUUUUCACUACCCCUCUGCGGAGGCAAUGCUGUGGAGCAGUUCUUCUGUGAAAUCCCCCAGAUCCUCCAGCUCUCCUGCUCACAUUCCUACCUCAGGGAAGUUGGGCUUCUUGUGGUUAGUUUCCGUUUAGCACUUGGCUGUUUUGUUUUCAUUGUGGGUUCCUAUGUGCAGAUCUUCAGGGCCGUGCUGAGGAUCCCCUCUGAGCAGGGACGCCACAAAGCCUUUUCCACGUGCCUCCCCCACCUGGCCGUGGUCUCCCUGUUUAUCAGCACUGGCACAUUUGCCUACCUGAAGCCCCCCUCCAUCUCAACCCCAUUCCUGGAUCUGGUGGUGUCAGUGCUGUACUCGGUGGUGCCUCCAGCAGUGAACCCCCUCAUCUACAGCCUGAGGAACCAGGAGCUCAGGGGUGCUGUGAAGAAGCUGCUCUCAUGGUCAUUAACAGUGAAGGGGGCCAGGAGUGAGGUGUCCAGAUGCAAACCUCUGGUGAAAUUUGGGUGA